AUGGCAGACGAAUCGCAAGCGUCCGAGGUGACGCACACAUCCGAAGUGACGCACUCGUCCGACGAAACUACCAACUUCAAAGUGGGAUGGAAUGAGCCCGCCGACCAAGAUCCCGAGAACCCCAUGAAUUGGACGACGCGUCGAAAAUGGAGCAUCAUUGGAAUUCUGUCUUUCAUCACGUUCCUAACACCACUGGCAUCUUCCAUGAUGGCACCUGGAGUGCCCAACAUCAUGGCCACUUUCAACAGCACCGACGACAUGGUGGCGACAUUCAUGGUCUCAGUCUUCGUCCUCGGAUUUGCAUUCGGGCCCCUUUUGAUGGCACCCAUGAGCGAACUCUACGGGCGACUGCCAGUCUACCACGUUAGCAACACGCUCUUCAUCCUCUUCUCUGUCGGAUGCGCUCUCUCCCAGAACGUUGCCAUGCUCAUGGCCUUUCGAUUCCUAUCUGGAUUUGUUGGAGUCGCGGUUGUGACUUGCGGCAGCGGAUCCAUCGCCGACAUGGUGCCUGCCGAACAACGAGGUGCGGCCAUGGCUGUCUGGUCAAUCGGACCUCUGCUGGGCCCAGUUAUUGGACCGGUUUGUGCUGGUUUUCUCGUGGAGGCCAAAGGUUGGCGCUGGGUAUUUUGGGUGACGACGAUGGUGGCUGGCGCUGCAGUUGGCGUCUCGUUUUUCAUACUCCGCGAGAGUUACGCUCCCAUCAUUCUCGAGCGGAAAGCAGCAAUGUUGCGAAAAUCGACCGGAGACGAACGAUAUCAAUCAGUCAUGAAACAAGAAGGAACGCCGAAGGAGGUCUUCCUAAUCGCCAUCACUCGUCCGGCGCGCAUGUUUAUCUUCUCGCCCAUCGUCACGGUGGUGUGCAUCUACAUCGCCACACUAUACGGCUUACUCUAUCUUCUCUUUACGACAUUCACCUUCGUUUACAGGGAUUAUUACGGCUUCAGCGCCAUUGGUGCCGGGUUGUCCUUCAUCGGCGGCGGUGUUGGUAACCUUCUAGGUUUAUUAUUCGUUGGAUACCUCUCCGACAAGAUCUUGAAGGAAGCCAAAGCCAAUGGCAAGCCUAUGGAGCCGGAACAAAGACUCGACUUGAAGCUGACGGUGCCAACGGCACUAUGUCUUCCUCUUGGCUUGAUCAUGUACGGUUGGACAGCCGAAAAGCACCUGCACUGGAUUGUUCCCAUGAUAGGUACUGGCAUCAUGGGCUUUGGCAUGAUUGGCAUCUUCAUGAUCUCUCAGACGUACCUAGUGGACAGUUUCACGGUAUACGCGGCUUCAGUAACUGCCGCGAAUGCCGUGUUGCGCAGUCUACUAGGUGCACUACUCCCCCUAUGCGGGCUGCAGCUUUACAACGCCAUUGGCUUGGGCUGGGGAAAUACUCUCCUUGGGUUGAUUGCCCUUAUGUUGGCGCCUGUUCCGUGGCUAUUGCAUUCGUUUGUUCGGUACAUGUUUAGUAUGCACGGGGCUGCGCCAUCUCCGCCCCAUUCAUCGUGUUUCCCAACUCGGUCUCGGUCUCGGUUUUGUAGCUCCAUGAAUAGCUCAUGUCUCCAUGAAUCGUGUGAAACCUAA